GUUACUUUCAGGACAUUCCUCCCAGUCGAGUUUUCAUUCCUCUGGGAAACGAGUCAGCACCUCCUACUGAUCAGCUGAUCAUUCACGAUUCCAAUUGGAAAGGCGCCCGUGAAAACCCGGAGGUUUUGGAAUCGCUGAUUCAAGACGAGUUGGCGAACAACUACAUCGAGGAGGUCCCUCUGGAGGAGGCUCGGCGACGCUGGGAGCAUGUCGCAGUGGGGAAGCUAAAUGUGGUGAUAGUUCCAGAGAAGAAUCCUCGUCUCACAGUGGACGAGACGAUUUCAGGAGUUAACCCGGCAUGCAGCAUCCCUGAGCGCUACAAUCUACCCGGCCUUUCGGAUCUCCAGGCGGGUUAUCCUCUUCGGGGUCCAGCUUCGGCGCUAGGCGUCUUUUCUCUGGACGUCAAGGCAGCUCAUAAAUCCAUUCUUUUGCGGGAGCAGGACAGAGGUCUGGCUGGCAUCACUUUUCAGGGCCGGACUUUCUUCUACAGGGUUAUGCCGUUCGGCAUGUCAUGCAGCGCAUACUGGUGGCAGCGGUUGUCAGGCUUCCUGGUAAGGACGUGGCACAGUCUUCUGUGGCUGAGCCACUUCCUCAGCAUGUACGUUGACGAUCUCAUCUUGGCAAUGCAGACUGGUGCCUUGGACAUAUCGGCGUGCCUAAUCCUGGCCUUUGCGGCAGUUUUCGGGGUGCGCCUCUCGUGGCCUAAGCUACAACUGGGGUCUUCGGUAGUCUGGAUCGGAUGGAGCCUGAACUACAGGGCAGGAACGGUUCAGGUUACUGCAGCAAAGAAGGAGAAACUUUCACGUGUCCUUCGCCCUCUUUUGGGAGAGGGCAGAGUGGAGCUCCGUGAGCUUCAGAAAGCUCUGGGAUUGCUGCAGUGGCUCACGCAAUUACACGUGGAGCUGCGUCCUUGGCUGUCAGUUCUGUACGAUGACGCCACUCGCACGGCCAUUCCUCUGGGUUCAAAGCUGAUAAGCGCUCGCCACGUCGACAUCACAUGCAAGGCUGAUCUGCGUAAGGUCCCUCUGACUUCUAAAAGGAUUUGGCUGCGCAUUGCAGAUCCACAGGCACGUUUUCGUCGGCUCUCCAAACUGAGUCGGAAGCUGCUAUCUUUCUGGUACGAUUGGAGCCAGUCUUAUCACUUCCAUGAAUGCCUUCAUUUGCCUCCGCGACGUCUGGAUUGUGUCAUGGCGGCGGACGCAUUUGCUUCGGGCGAAGAGCUGGGUAUUGGCGGUUUCAUCCUGGCUCGCAACCAGUGUGGUUCAGCGAAAGGUACAACUUAUCUGACUUCAAGUACCUUGAUCUGCCUCUUCAUCGUGAUGCCCAGAGGGACAUAUCCUGCUGGGAAACACUGGCUCAAGUGGGCCUGCAAUUUGCGCGAAACUUCUGACGACGAAGACUCCACUUUGCUUUUUUGCGCAACUGGUAGCUAUGGUCAGCACGCGAAGCAGAUCUACUUUCACGCUGGGACACCCAAGCUCCUCUUGGAGAUCGCUGGAAUCUUGAUAUGCGAUACCGCUUUUCUGUUCAGGAUUUCUUUGAGCAACGGCAUGAUGUCAGAAUUUUCCCUGCGGAUUCCAGAAUACUCUGGAAGCUCCCGCGGUGAGAUCGCAGAUGCUGUGGAUGGUCAUCCCGGAAUGACUUCCAUCGCUGCGGGACAGCUUCAGUGCGCAACAGGCUUCUUUUCUGAGAGCCAUGUCCGAGUUUCUUUAAAGACCGGUGUACGCCUCACUUAA